GGGCGGGGUCUGCAAGCGACUAGCCGGAUAACGCGGGGCUGCGGAAGAUGGCUGCGGCCGAGGCUGCAGACACUCAGCUGAUGCACGGAGUCGGGCUGAUCGAAAAGGACACAAAUGGAGAAGUUCUGUGGGUGUGGUGUUAUCCUUCCACGACAGCUGCAUUAAGGAAUCUGCUGCUAAGAAAAUGCUGCCUUACAGAUGAAAACAAACUUCUCCAUCCCUUUGUCUUUGGUCAGUACAGAAGAACAUGGUUUUAUAUCACAACAGUUGAAGUUCCAGAUUCUUCAGUUUUGAAAAAGGUGACUCAUUUUUCUAUUGUUCUGACCGCCAAAGAUUUUAACCCAGAGAAAUAUGCUGCCUUCACUAGGAUAUUGUGUAGAAUAUACCUGAAACAUGGAAGUCCAGUGAAAAUGAUGGAGAGUUAUAUUGCAGUUCUCACAAAGGGGAUAUGCCAGAGUGAAGAAAAUGGCUCUUUCCUUAGCAAGGACUUUGAUGCCCGAAAGGCAUACCUUGCAGGCUCCAUCAAAGACAUUGUAUCUCAAUUUGGAAUGGAAACUGUUAUCUUACACACAGCACUGAUGCUAAAGAAGAGAAUUGUUGUCUAUCACCCCAAAAUAGAAGCUGUCCAGGAGUUUACCAGGACUCUGCCUGCCCUGGUAUGGCAUCGACAGGAUUGGACCAUCCUUCACUCUUAUGUGCACCUCAACACUGAUGAACUAGAAGCCUUGCAGCUGUGUACAGGUUACAUUGCUGGAUUCGUAGACUUGGAGGUGAGCAAUAGACCAGACCUCUAUGAUGUAUUUGUGAAUCUGGCAGAUAGUGAGAUUACUAUUGCUCCGCUUGCAAAAGAGGCCAUGACAAUGGGCAAACUGCACAAAGAAAUUGGUCAACUAAUUGUUCAAUCUGCGGAAGAUCCGGAGAAAUCAGACAGCCAGGUGAUCCAGCUAUUUCCUCUGGGCUCUGCCUGCUACGCUGACCAGAUUAUCAUGUGGACCAGUCAGCACCUUCUCUUCUGCCCUUGCCAGACUGACAUGGCAAGAUAUUGCUCUAAAAACAAAAGAAAUAUUCACCAACCUAGCACCGUUUUCAGAAGUUUCGGAUGAUGGAGAAAAGAUGAUCCUCAAUUUUGAGGCACUAAAACAAAAACGCUUUCCGCCAGCAACAGAAAACUUCCUUUAUCAUCUAGCAGCCGCCGAACAAAUGCUGAAAAUCUGACUGUGACAGAAUGCAUCGCUGCUGAUGGAUAGAAAGCUCUUCUUUUACUCUGGUUAUCCAUUAACUAUGUAAAAUACUGAAAACAACAGAGAAAAUGAUAUAUUUUUAAUGAUUUAUUUGCGAGUAUUGAGAUUUGACCUGAAAAACACUGAAACUCAUGCACACACUUCCAGUCUCCUAGGUGAUCACUUCCCGCCUGCUGUCAGCGUCUGACAAAAUGCUCUAACUACCAGACAUAGCACUCUAAAAUGGCCCCGCGUCCUGGAGCCAGAGGAAAAAAGCUGUUGAGUUCUCGUGUAAAUCGCAGCAAAUGCAAAUGCCUUCAUGCUUAUAAGUUCCAGUUUGUCUCAUUGUGUAGCCAUAAACUAAUGAUUUAUUUUCAGAAAGCUGCCUGAAAUUUUGCUUUGUAUUCUUCUAGGAAGAACUUUAAUUCCUCAUGAGGAACUCUAUUUUCUGAGCCAAACUACUAAGUUUUCUGCAGAACUGUCUAGAAGAUCAUUCAAAAGACCCUGCAGUUGCACUUUCUUAAAAAAGACAAAAUUUUUUUUCUCCUGGCCUUUGACCAUUUUGCCUAUACUAUGAAGGUUUUACAUAGAUUUUAUACUUGAGUAGACAACUUUAAUAAUCCAUAUUUAUAUACUGUCACCGGAGUAAGCAGUUGGCAAGUGAGAGCCAUCAGUAUUCUUCAGUUAACUUUGUUGCUAGCAAUAUUCUUUUGAAAAAGAUGCAGUUGUUAUAUGGUAGAAUAAAGUAAGCCCAUUUUGAAUAUAAAUAUCAGUAGGACUGAAACAGUGACUUUAUAUAAUUGAGUAAGGGAGUAUGAGAAUUAACUUCUUGCAGGGGCCAAAACCAGAGAAUGUCUUUGAAUAACUUCCAUGAGAGAAAUUUGACUACAGAGCAACGUAACUGUUCUUUUUCAGUGACGUACCUUUUUCUUAAUUGGAAACCUUAACAUUGCCAGAUAAGUAUGGAGGCCUAAAUUAUGUUCUUGUUAUUUUAUUAUGUGUAUUCAUAUUAAUUAUGAAAGUUUAUUUUUCACUCAGUACUGAUGUCUUUAGAAAUCUUACCUGGAAACAUGUUUGAAAAAAAAAAUAGUUCUUAGUUGUUUUUUUUUUUGGUGUUUGUUAAAUUAAAAAAAUAGACCUUUUUCCCCUCCCUCUUCAAGUAGGGUGCGGAAGGACCUUAAAUGAGAUGGUGUUUACUGAGGCAAACAAUUCAAAUCUGCACUUUAUGAAAAUGAAUACUAACAUCUUUUUUCUCCCUUUUUUGUUUUUGGUAUUACUAAAUUAGCUUAUGAGCAAAGUUGUUAAAAUUGCGAAUUUAUGAUGCAGAAAUAAAAUGGAAAUAUUUUGAUACUUAACAAA